GAUUUAAAUUGGCAUUUUUAACAGCACAAAACCUCUUCUCAACUGACAGCGUCAGAGCGGACCUGCGGUCUUAACACAGUGGGUUCAAGUGACCCUUUAAGGCGCAAUGUUAGUGACCGUGUUUUGCGCUCCCAGGGACCGAUCGGAGUCCACAUUUUCCCUAGAAGUGUCCCCGGACCUUGAACUCAGGGAUUUUCUGGCUCUCUGCGAACUAGAAUCGGGAAUACCGGCUGGAGAGAUUCAGAUCACCUAUGCUGAGCAGCCCCUGAGUGACCCCACCCGAGCACUGGGGAAUUAUGGGUUGAAGGAUGGAGACGUGGUGGUGAUCAGACAGGCAGAGGUCAGACGGCCUCCGCCCCAGCCCUCCUUCCCAGGACUCCCCCGAAUUGACUUCAGCACCAUCGCUGUCCCAGGCACCUCCUCAGGCCAGCGCCCCGGCUCCUCAGGCCAACGCCUCGGUGCCUCUGCCCAGCGACCACCAAACCCCCCCCAGACCCAGCAGCCGGCCGCCACACCCCCGGCCGCCGCCGCCCCCGCCCCUGCACCCGCCCCCUCUCCUCAGGGAUUGGACGACCCCGCCCUGCUGCGAGACAUGCUGCUGGCCAAUCCGCACGAGCUGUCCCUGCUGAAGGAGCGGAAUCCACCACUGGCAGAGGCUCUGCUCAGCGGAGACCUCGAGCGAUUCACUAAAGUCCUGUUGGAACAGCAGCAGGACCGCGCCCGUCGUGAGCAGGAGAGAAUCCGACUGCUCACCGCUGACCCCUUUGACCUAGAGGCUCAGGCCAAAAUCGAGGAGGACAUCAGACAGCACAACAUAGAGGAGAAUAUGACCAUAGCGAUGGAGGAGGCCCCGGAGAGCUUUGGCCAGGUGGUGAUGCUUUACAUCAACUGUAAGGUCAACGGACACCCCGUCAAAGCGUUUGUGGACUCAGGGGCACAGAUGACCAUAAUGAGUCAGGCGUGUGCGGAGCGGUGUAACAUCAUGCGUCUGGUGGACCGUCGGUGGGCGGGGAUCGCCAAGGGCGUGGGCACACAGAAGAUUAUCGGCAGAGUGCACUUAGCUCAGGUCCAGAUCGAGGGGGAUUUCCUCCCCUGCUCCUUCUCCAUCCUGGAGGACCAGCCCAUGGACAUGCUGCUUGGACUAGACAUGCUGAAGAGACAUCAGUGCUCUAUUGACCUGAAGAAGAGUGUGCUCCUGAUCGGGACGACAGGCACAGAGACGCGGUUCCUGCCCGAGGCGGAGCUGCCGGAAUGUGCCCGGCUGGCGUACGGGGCAGAAGGGCGAGAGGAGACGCGCCCGGAGGAGAUCGCUGACAGAGAGCUGGCAGAAGCACUACAGAGAUCCGUACAGGAGAGCGGACCUCACUGAUGCAUUUGGACAGACAGCUUGGAGAGGGCCUUCCCAACCAGACACUGAAGAUGGAAAAUCUACCUCACAACAAUCCCCACCAUUAUGUCUGUCCAAACCUUACAAUCCCCCUUCUUUGUCAUCUUCAUCCUCCUCCUCCUCUUCCUCCUCUGUGGCUAAUACUGGCCGCCACCGGAACCUGGCGUU